AUGGCGUCUUCAACGUCGACAAAAACUCCAUGUGUCACGUGCGAUAAUAAAGGUGUGGAUAUUUUCAAAUGUGAAGGAUGUUCAGAAAUAUUUUGUGGAAAUCAUGCUAAUGAACAUCGAGACAUGCUUAGUGAUCAAUUAGAUAUAAUUGUUCUUGAACAUGAUGUUCUAGAACAAACAAUUACUGAUCACAGCAAUCACGCGAAGAAUCAUCAUUUUCUUCUUACGCAAAUCAACAAAUGGGAACAAGAUCCGAUUAUAAAAAUUCAACAAGCAGUAGAAGAAACACGACAACAGAUCAAAAAAUUGAUUUGUUCACAUACAGGAAAAGUAUUGAAAGAGUUGUAUGGUCUUUCUGAACAAUUACGAAAAGCUCAUAUUGAUAAUGACCAUGUUGAAAAUGAUCUUUGCGCAUGGACAACUUUGUUAGAAAAAAUCAACUUGAUCUAA